AUGGAAACUAAUCCUUUACCUAGGAGAGAAGUGGCCGUAGAUGAAUGGAAAUGGUCAGCAGAUCAAGACCCGAAAUUUCAUAGGAAAAAUUACAGUCAGUUGCUUGUGAAACAUUUUGAGAAACUUUUUGAAAAUGGAACAACUGGACGUGUUUUCGUUCCACUUUGUGGAAAAACGAUGGAUUUGAUUUUCUUGGAAGAAAAAGGAUUAGAGGUGGUCGGUCUUGAGUUUUCAAAAAUUGGAAUCGAAGCAUUUUUUGAAGAAAAUAACUUGACAUACUCAGAAUCAACCUGUUCUGAUAGCUCUCUCGUGGUUUACAAAUGUAAGGAGAAGAAUAUUACUAUUUACAGAGGUGAUAUUUUUGAUCUAAAACCAGAAUUAUGUGGUCAGUUUGAUGGGUUCUGGGACCGCGGAAGUUACGUCGCGAUAAAUAUUCCCACUCAGCAAAAAUACACAGACUUAAUCUUCAGUCUGAUGAAGCCAAAAGCAAAAAUCUUGAUGGAAUCUAUCACUUAUGAUAUGUCAAAGUGCAAAGGUCCACCUCACUGCAUCACGAUUGAGAACCUUCAGGGCACAUUUGGGAAAAAAUGUAACAUAGAAGUUAUUGAUAUGAUAAAGUAUCCGGCAAAUUUCCAACCAGAUUUGGAAUUGACGAUUCGACUUUGUUUUAUUUCUUUCAAGUGA